CGACGCUCCAUCGAGUGUGUGCGGCGGCGGGAGGAGACGGAAGAGAACGAUGCAGGCGGUGGCACGGGCGCGUGGGCUUGCGGCUGCGGCUGUGGCUGCGCGGCCGUCGGCGAUGGAGGCAGGGCACCGCGGGCAGGUGCAGCAAGCCCGGGGCAUUGUGGUGCAGGUGAGGGACGGGAACCUGGAGCGGGCGCUGGCGGUCAUGGAGCGCAAGAUGAGGUCCAGCGGCAUGGAGCGCCUUAUCCGAGCGCGCACCCACUACCACGUGAAAGACUCGGAGAAGCGCGUGCUCGCGCGUAAGGCGCUUAUGCAGCGCGUCCGGUCCCAGGAGCUCGGCAAGAAGCUCCGCGAGAUCCUCAUCAAGAAAAUCAGGGGCCAGUGAGGACAUCAGCGCAUUGGCCAUUUACGGGCAGCAUCUGUGUGGGUGCUCCCUUUUUGAGCGUGUGGAGAAUAAACUCAACUGCGACCUUGAGCAAGAGAACUUUUGCUAUAUUGCAUGAAGGACAGAUUGAGAAUAAAACUAGUUUUUGGCGAACGAACUAUUGUAUUUUAUUGUACAAUUUAGUAUCUAUAUAUGGAUUUAACUGCUGUUUGUGCUGGACUUAGAGCCUUUUUGUUUGGGAUUAUAAUAUGUUCAGAUUAUAUAAUCUAACUUAUAUC